UUACUACAGAUCCUGGGAGAAGUUUGCAGCCGACCUGCUGCUGCUGCACCUAUGAGCCUUCACGUAAAUGAAUAGCCCCGGCUCGACGCGCCACAAGACGAGCUGAUUAUGCCGAGAUAAGGAGCAUAUGACCCGCGCUCCCUCCGAUAAUGGCAUGCGAUGACGCUUCACCCGCCGAAGACUUCCCGGACACGGUGAUGCCCAGGGGGGCUCCCUGCAUGUGCGGCAAGAAGUGCAGGGGUCGGAGCGGCAGCGCUGUCUUUCUGGGAUUAUUCCUGCUGUCGCUCACCCUGCACGCAGUCACCCUGGUCUGCUAUUUGGACCUGCGCUCCGAGGUGAAAAGGGAAAUUACCCACCAGAAGCGGGACUCUAAGGUGACACACGCCGGGGUUGACCUGGAUGACCCGGUGGGGGUUCUGCCGCCCGGCCACCCGCGAAUGGACACCGGCAGCAGGCACAGCGAAGAGGAUCGAGAGGAGAGAUUCCUCUACAGAAACGACGACUUCCAUGGCACAAAAGACAGCAGAGGAAGAACGCGACGAGCAAAAAGGAGUCCUGGCAGGGAAACAGAAACAGAAUCAAAUGGAAAGGAGAAGAGGAAAGAGAGGAAAAAAGCGAAGAAAAGACCUGGACCACCUGGCCUCCCGGGCCCCCCAGGGCCACAGGGCCCUCCGGGCAUCCCAGGGAUCCCCGGUAUUCCAGGAAGCAAUGUUGUGGGGCCCGUAGGACCUCCCGGACCCCCUGGGCCACAGGGACCUCCAGGCCCUCAAGGUCCGGCAGGGGUUUCUGAUAAGUCAAAGAAAUUCCAGCCGGCAGUGGUUCACUUACAAGGACAAGAAACAACAAUCCAAGUGAGGGAAGAUCUGUCUCAAGGCGUCCUCAGGAACUGGAAGAUGGUGUCCAUCAAUAAAGAUGUGUUCAGGAUGAACCCUCGCACCGGAGAGCUGGUGGUGCUGCUGGACGGUGUCUACUUCAUAUAUAGUCAGGUAGAAGUGUACUACCUCAACUUCACCGACAUUGCCAGCUAUGACGUGAUGGUGGACUCCAGCCCGUUCCUACGCUGCACGUGCAGCAUCGAGACAGGCCAGCGCAAGUUCAACACCUGCUACACGGCAGGCGUGAGCCUGCUGCGCUCGGGCCAGAAGAUCUCCAUACGCAUUGCCCACGAGUACACGCUCAUAAACAUGACCAAUCACACCACCUUCCUGGGCAGCGUCAGGCUCGGAGAGGCUCCAUCUGCUGGACAGAACGGUUAACCGCACUCGCCGUCUGCUGUCUUUUCAUCCUGCCUUACGUGGGAUUGCCGGGUUCCUUUCAAGGCCAAUGUCUAGAGGACACUUGGCGAGCUUUGGUGACUUUUGUUCACUUUCAAACGUUUGCCUUUAAAAAGGACUCUGAACACUUACAAUACUUCCCGACUACAUGGAUCUGUGCAGAGAUACGCCUUUUGGAACCAAAUAUCCUCGUCAAACUUCAAAAUUUCUAUUUAUAGUCACCCUCUACACGCAGUAGCUCUCUUUAUAACAAGGAAGGACACUGUGCUGAUAGGUACUUAGUAAUUACGUACUUUUAAGUGCUGUUGAACAAUGACAAAAAAACACCAGUGAUGGUGCCUUGCAAAUUUAUUCAUGAUUCACACUCCUUCUCAAACCUUUCAUCACGUUACAUGAAUAUAUUUUAUGAACAUUUUACACGAUAGACCAACAUAAAGAUUUCCUUAGAUUUGAAGUGGAAGGAAAAUAAUUAAGUUUUGAGCAUUAUUUUUUGUUUUUUACAAAUAAAAAUCUGAAAUGUCGUCACCAGCUUUAAAAUGUUAGCUACUUUGACUUUGCAAAAAACGUUAAUCUCACAGAUUUAAUGGAGAGCAUCUGCAAACAACAGGUUUUAGGUGUUGCCACAACGUCUCAAUUUGAUGCAAGUUUGGCCUUUGGUUCAUUAAUGCAUUUUUCAUGAAUAUGCUUUGAUCCAGACCAUUCCAUUGGAGCGCUUGCGUUGUUUGCAGUCAUCUUGAUAAAAACUGAACCUCCGCCUACCAACUAACUUUCUUUCAGAAUUGCCUUGUACUUGGCUUUAGCCAGCGUCCAAUCAACUCUGACCGGUUGGGAAAAAAAAUUCUACAGCAUACCGCCAUUGGGAUGACAUGACAUUUUUAUAUUUUUAUUAGUAAAGUUUAAAUACAUUGUAUAAUUUUCCUUCCAUUUCACAGCUCUUUCUCUAAGGCCAUCAAAUAAACUUCCAAUAGCAAAAAAAACCUUAAAAGUUUGUGAUUGUAUUGUGGUAAGAUAUAAAAAAGGUACUUUAGUGAGGCACUGUUUCUCUCAUGAUUUAGUUCCUGUUUCUAUUAUUUAAGCCUUUUCUACAAGUCAUGGAAGGAGGAGUUGAAAACUCCACAAGAUGCAAGGAUGAAGGAAGGUAUUCAAAGAGCAACAGCACUAUAUAUAUGUAUAUAUAUAUUUUUUCUUUUUUUUUGCGCACAUUUGCACUACAGCAUCCCUGCAAAUUACCAGUGAUAGGUCUCCCAGUGCUUGUUUAGUUACCUUAUGACUGAAUCCAUGUAGAGAAACAAGUUGUUAAUACAUGCUUGUACAUAAUGUAUAUAAAAUGGAAUAUACUUUUGUAAAUGGAGUUGAUUGAUGGAUUAAAAUGUUUUCAUUUUCUGCCUAA